GUGGUAGCCGCUGGAGCAGCCGGGAAAAGAGAAUCCCAACGGAAAGAAAGGUGACAGGCGCUUGGAAAGCUUUUCGCCCAUCUUCCUUCCCAGCUCUCCGUCCGUGCAAGGUGGGUGCUUCUGCACUGCGAGUUGCUAAUGAGCCGAACGGGCAAAAUCCGAGCAAGACCCGGAGGAGAAGCGACAGAAGCAGCAGCAGCAGUAGCCUCUCUGCGACCCGAGGUAGCUUUCGAAGAGUUGCCAGCUCAGAGGGGUUCCUUUUGCUUUCGCCUCCCACAAACCAGCGGCAGAGUCAGCCCUGGUGUGUCGACAAAUCGAGGGGACCCCGGGUUAGACGGCCUGGCUUUCCGAUUUCAUCUAGCGGCAGAUCCCUCAGGCAAGGCUCCGGAUCUCCGCCUCGCCGAUCGAGAGAAGGGGUGGCAGAGGGGAGAAACCUCUCAGCGGAAAGGCUCCGGCAGAGCCUGGUCUAGAUGAACUAGUGCAGCAGCAGCAGCAUCCAACUCCCGCCUGGAUCUUGUUGCUCUCCCCUUUGGCGCCCCUAACUUCCCCAGCCGCCUGGAUGCUCGCUCCGUCUCGUCCUAGGAGCGUGACGCAGGGCUCAUUUGGAGAGGAGGCUGCAAACAUUUCCCUCCCGCUUGGGCGCGUUGUUCCUGGACUCGGCUUAGAUGAGAUGCGCCAAACUGUCGCCCCUGCCUAGAUGCUCCCAGCUGGAGUUGGGGCUACACCCACUCGUGGCAGGGCUGCGAUGCUCCCGUCGCUUUUAGGGCCUUGCUUAAGCCGAGGAGCCCAUAUUUCAAUCCCCGCCCAAGUUCCGCGUAGUUAGACCGCUCCGUCUCGCUUGGGCACUGGGAGGAUGCGCCCGUGAAACCCCGCGCGCACACCGGGGAAAGGAACAGCUCCCCCAUCCUGUCCAAACCCAGCAGCGGGCCCCGAUCUGUCCAUGGGACAGCCAAUGCUAAGCGGCUGAGCAUAGGGGGCGAUGGCCCCGGCGCGGGGGGCCGCCUAGCAUGGCCCGGGGAGGGGCGCCCCCCGCCUCAGCGUCUGGCCCGGAGCCCCUGCCCCGCCGCGCUUUGCGGAAACUACUGCUGGUUCUCGGCUCCCUUCUCAUGUCUCUCUACGCCAGUUAUUGCCUAGCCGGGGCGGCGCGCGUCCUCACCAGGGAGUCGGUCCCGAUCCCGGUCGCUCAAGGCGAAGAGACGGCUGGCACGCUCCGGGGUCCCUCGCUGCAACCCCAGCCGGCGGGAGAAGGCAACAAGCGGCUGCCCCAGGCGGUAAUCAUCGGCGUGAAGAAGGGCGGCACCCGGGCGCUGCUCGAGUUCCUGCGGGUCCACCCGGAUGUGAGGGCGGCGGGCGCCGAGCCCCACUUCUUCGAUCGGAACUAUGGCCGGGGACUUGCCUGGUACAGGGAUUUGAUGCCAAGAACUCUUGAUGGGCAGAUCACCAUGGAGAAAACUCCCAGCUACUUUGUCACCAAGGAAGCACCGGCUCGCAUCUCUGCCAUGUCAAAGGGCACCAAGCUCAUUGUGGUGGUGAGAGACCCAGUCACCAGAGCCAUUUCGGACUACACGCAAACUCUCUCCAAGAAGCCUGACAUCCCCACCUUUGAAAGCCUGACCUUCAAAAACAGGACUACAGGCCUUAUUGAUACCUCCUGGAGUGCCAUCCAGAUUGGCAUUUACGCCAAGCAUCUGGAAAACUGGCUCCUGUACUUCCCCAUUGGGCAGAUCCUUUUUGUCAGUGGGGAGAGGCUAAUCAGUGAUCCGGCAGGCGAGUUAGGCCGAGUCCAGGACUUUCUGGGUCUCAAGAGGAUCAUCACAGAUAAACACUUCUAUUUCAACAAAACCAAGGGUUUCCCGUGCCUGAAAAAGGCUGAAGGCAGCAGCAAGCCCCACUGCCUGGGCAAAACGAAAGGGCGGACCCACCCCAGUAUAGACCAGGAAGUGGUGCAGAGGCUGCGGGAGUUCUACAGGCCUUUCAACAUGAAAUUCUACCAGAUGACUGGACAUGACUUUGGCUGGGAUUGAGGCUGGAAAAAAAUAAUUUAAAUAAAUAAAAAGGAAAAAUAUAUUUUUGUACAUAUCAAUAGAGAGGGGAAAUUAAUAUUUGUGCUAAUGUCUGGUGCUUCCGGUUAAUAUUUUCAUUUUGAUGCAGAUGUCAUGGUUUUCUAUUUUUCUUGUUUCAUUAGUCAGAAUUUAUAGCAUCCGCUUCCACAAGACUGUCAGUUGAGACCUGGCCAGUGCAUCCAAUGUAGGACCUCAUAUUUCCAGUUUUCCAUCUGAAUCUUAGAAGUUUUUAUGAAGUAAUUUGGAGCCAUUUGUCCAUUAAUUCUGGGUUUGGUGCCCAGAUUUUUAACAAAAUGGCAUUAGUCGGUCACAUUAAUGAUCAAAAUCAUCAGGUUUGCAAGAUAAUUUCUUAGUGCUAUUGCUAUACCAUGUGUCUGAUGUUGUCAUUACAAAAGUGGCUCAGAGGUAUAUCAUGAGUCUGGAGUGCGUUUUAUUUUCAUUUCAUUUUAGUUU